UGCGACUCUGAAUGAACUGAUGAGAGCGAGUUCUCAGCCUGCUCUGGAGGGGAGUGGAGCGAGGGUCCCGGCGGCGGGCAAGACCGAAGCACUGGGGGCUGGGUAGCGGUCCCCGGGCCGCCGCCGUGGAAAUUUCCAAGGACUUGGAGCGGCGGGGAGAGCACGUCUGAGGGGUGCCGGGCACCGCACCGCGGCGGCGCAGGAGGCGGGGAAAGGGCGGUGCAGGGCGGUGCAGGGCGCAAGAGCAUCUCUCUCUGAAAGGGACACAGUGGGUCAGAUGUCCCGGAGCCAUCCGCACCUCUUUCAGGACCUCAGCCGAGGGCAACUGUAAGGGCGGUAGCAGCCAACCCCACUGCUCUCCUCCAGACCCCUCCAGCACUCGCCUCUGCAGGGAAAACGACCAUGGCUCGUGACUUACCCGGGGGCCACUUCCUCUAGCAAGAAAUCCGUGGGAAAAGUUGCAUUGGAGAAGAUCCUUGUAACUGACCUCUGGGACCGUGGUGGGGGUUCCCCAGCAGUGCGUACAAGAAAGCCAAAGGUGUGUGUGCAUGGGGGACCGGCCGUGGGGGCACCCUCCCCUGCCACUUCGCCUAGCAUUGUGCUGAGGCGCCCACCACCGACUCUGGGACUCUGAGACUGUGAUGGGCCCCUGCGGGCGGGCCCGGCUACACACAUCCAGAGGGGCAAUGGCCAUACUGGCAUGGAAGUUCCCGCGUACCCGGCUACCCGUGGGAGCCAGUGCCCUCUGUGUGGUGGUACUCUGUUGGCUCUACGUCUUCCCUGUCUACCGGCUACCCAAUGAGAAGGAGAUCAUACAAGGAGUGCUGGCACAGCGCACAGCUUGGAGGAGGAACCAGACCGCCGCUAGGGUCUUCAGGAAGCAAAUGGAAGACUGUUGCGAUCCGGCCCAUCUCUUUGCUAUGACAAAGACGAACUCCCCCAUGGGGAAGAGCCUUUGGUAUGAUGGGGAGUUUCUAUACUCGUUCACCAUUGACAACUCCACCUAUUCCCUCUUCCCCCAGGCAACCCCCUUCCAGCUGCCAUUGAAGAAAUGCGCGGUGGUGGGAAACGGUGGGAUUCUGAAGAUGAGUGGCUGUGGCCGCGACAUAGACGAAGCAGAUUUUGUCAUGCGAUGCAAUCUCCCUCCCUUGUCAAGUGAGUACACCAGAGAUGUCGGCUCCAAAACUCAGCUGGUGACAGCUAAUCCCAGCAUAAUUCGCCAGAGGUUUCAAAACCUGCUCUGGUCCAGAAAGACAUUUGUGGACAACAUGAAGAUCUAUAACCAUAGCUAUAUCUACAUGCCUGCUUUUUCUAUGAAGACAGGAACAGAGCCGUCUCUCCGUGUAUAUUACACACUGAAAGAUGUUGGUGCCAAUCAAACAGUGCUUUUUGCUAACCCCAACUUUCUGCGGAGCAUUGGAAAGUUCUGGAAGAGCAGGGGAAUCCAUGCCAAGCGCCUGUCUACAGGACUGUUUCUGGUCAGCGCAGCCUUAGGCCUCUGUGAAGAGGUGGCCAUCUAUGGCUUCUGGCCCUUCUCUGCAAAUAUGCACGAGGAGCCCAUUAGUCACCACUACUACGACAAUGUCUUGCCCUACUCGGGCUUCCACGCCAUGCCUGAGGAAUUUCUCCAACUCUGGUACCUUCACAAAAUUGGUGCGCUGAGGAUGCAGCUAGACCCAUGUGAGGAGCCAUCACUUGAGCCCACUUCCUAGGGACCAGAAGAAGAAAGAACUGGGCUGGGGAAUAUUUUUGCUAGGUUUUCUAUAUGACUUCCAAAAGGAGUGGCCAAAGCGUGUCAUGGAUUGGCAUGAUAGGAACCAAACAAAAACCCAAGCAAAACUUUGUGUUUGACGUUAGCUUGGCGAACACUAAGAAGUAAAUGUUCUGGGGGAAGAUCUUAUAGUGUGUCGUGGAUUUACAACUGGGAUCCCAAGGAGGUGAUGCCGGCAGAUGAUGUGUCUGUGGUUCAGAUCUAGAAGAUGAUAUGCAAGGAACAGAUGAAGUCUGAUUGCUGAGGCCGAGGGGCUCAUCAAGGCAGCAUGUGGGAGAUGCUGGGGUACUGCUAACAGUCAAUAUGCCGUGGCAUCGCAGUCAUUUUAAAAGACCUGUCUUAUUGAGACUGGCAUUAAUUAGAACUGUAGGUUUUUUAAAAAUUAUUAUUUAUUUUUGUCAUGUUUAGGGCUGUGGGUGGAUGAUGGGGUAGACUUACAAAAUCUUUCCUGCUGAUUUUUGUGAUUCGUUAAAACAAGUCUAUGUUGGCUACAGUCCCCUCCGCUAGUACAGUUUUAAGUAAGAAUUGCUUCUUGCCUCUUUGCUUAGGUCUAUUUAGUACGAAGCUCUGUUGACGUUAGACUGGUUACAGCCACCAGGCCAUGACUCAGCUCUGACAGAUACAUGAAAAUAAUCUUUGAUUACUUUGAUUUAUAGUCUAGAUAACAGGACAUGCUUCCUCACCCCAGAUGCUGAGAGAGAAGCUCAACUUUAGGUUCCUGUUACAUCAACCCAUAGACUCUGAUGCUGGUAUUUUCCCCAAAUCACUCUGCACACAAUUGUUUUAUUCACUUGUAAAAGGGCAAAAGUGUAUUCAUUUAAUGAGAGGUGAAGUAAGAACUUAGUCUCUGAGGCCGACAGACCAGGAGGCAGGGCUCUUUUCUCUUUAACGUGAAUAUUUUCCUUUAAGGUAACUCAUGCAUACUUACACAUGAAUAUUCCCUUUCAAGAUGAUGUGUGUGCAUGUACACAUGAGUAUAAACACAUGUGCUCUGACACACUAUACAAAGUAAUCAAAGAUUAUUCUCAUGUCACUGUUGAAACCGAGCAUGCGUGGUCUGGAGUGUAUAACCAGCGUGGAAGCGCUACAGAGACGUCGUAUGGAAUCCAUUUCAUGUUGACAUAAGUUGAGCUGGCAUAGCAGUUACUGUCCGUUUGCAUGCCAGCACAGGGUGCAAGGUUUACCCUCAAAAACGUAAUCCAGGAUGAGAACUGCUGUCUUAUUCAUUCUGCCUCCCCCACCCCCCAAAUCUCAUGAAUGGGCCUUGUGCUGAGCAUAGUGACAAGGGACCUGGUUCAUGCAAACGAGCAGGUAGGAACCACUAGCUCUGUAUUUUCUGUGUCAGGUGCGGCUGCUUGUGCAGCUUGGUACAGCUGCUUUGACACAAGGGAACUCCACGGCCAAAUGUGUCUACUGUAAGUAAGGGACACGCAGGGACAUCUUAUGUGGUUGUUAGGCUCCAAGGAGCUGUGAAAACUCACGUUUAUUCUUUCAAGUGUUGUCAUGUGUGGGUAAAACUGACCCCCAAGCACUACUUCACUUUGAAGGUGUGAACUUAGUAUAUUGACCACGUCUAUGAAAACAGGGGGCUUUACAAUGAAUGCUAAUUUACAAGUUAUCAAAGUUAUGGAAGAGUUGCACGUUGCCAAAUGUGAUCAAAUAUCCAGGUUACUCUAGAAAUUAACAUUUGAACUGAUACAGGUUGUACUGAUGUUUAGAGAAUGAAAGGUUUGGGAAGUUCACCACUGUGCAGGCUGGCCUGGUGUUUCCAUCUUGUGUGGUAGCUCCAGGCUAUCAGGAAGGCAGUGUUAAAUGUGUCAGUCCUGUCUGUACAACACUUAAUAUAAUCCCUGUUUUGAGGGACUAGUAUUUAAUAAUUACCUAAGAAAGAAUGAAUUUCUACCAAUAGACUUUAUUAAAAGUAUAAAAGGCCUAGAAAAACAGCACAUACAAAGAUUAAUUAAAUGUGCAGUCAGAUGAAUGCAUUUCAGAACUGGUCAGAAUCUAAGCAAGAAGCUCAUAAAAUCCACACAUCCCAGUUCAUGGAGAAGGCUUCUGGGAGUCUGAACGCUCACUGCAGGUCCUGGAACAGGUCCACGUAGGAGUCAUGGGUUUCGUCUACAAGCUGUAAAGCUAGUCUACCUGGCAUCUGAACUGCAGAGCAGAAAUGGUCAACACCGUCAGGUAGAGCUGUGCUUUCACCCACGAUGACUGCCCUUCCCUCCCAGGGGCCAUAGGCCAACACCUGGGGACAUUUUCUUGUUAUGACCAGGAAUGCUAGCUGCUUGCAGUGGGAACAGCCAUGGACGGUGGUCCAGCAGCAAUGGGUCGGCCACUUGCCGUAAAGAAUGGCCUAGAGAAACGGUAGUGGUGUGGAAAUUAAGAAACCCCAGGUUAGACCAAAAGAAAAGCUUGUUUGUGCCAUUUGCCCUUUAGGACACAGGUGUAAUGUUCAUGGCAUGAACAGCAUUGCUGCAACCUUCCAUUAUUUUAUAGUGACAAUUCAUAGGUGCAUAUGUCAUAUACGUAACUUUAUGUGUGUUUGAUUAGAUGAUGUAGCUAAGCAAGAGGUAGGUGUGGCUGAAUGGGUGUCUCUCUGAGUAUGUAUAUAUAACUAUGUGUGUGUGUUUAACAUUAUUUUUAAAUAAUUGUGGAGAAACCUCUUCAGAAUCAUCCCUAGAACCUUCUGGAGUACUCUAUUACCUUUAAGAGGUUGGGGACUAUUAAAUUCUACUUCUCGAAAUUAAGGCCUUCAGCUCUGGGCCUGUUCCAUUAUUUAACAUAUUUGACCUUUUACUUUCAGACAGAAGGGAUUUGGGUUAUGAUGGGCAUAGUCAAUAGAAAACACUGAAUUGACUUCAGUGCAUCUUGCAAGAGAUGACACCCCUCCCUACCAACAAUUAGGCCAAUGCUUUAAAUGUGUAUAUGUAUGCAUGCAUGGCAAUUCAUAUGAGAGAGAGAAGGAAAGAGAGACACAGAGAGAGACAGAGACAAAAGUAAGAUUGCUGAUUCACGGGGAAAAGGAUGCAGAGACUACACAUGAGCACCCAGGCAGGAAUUCUCAUUUUACUCAACUGCAACUGGAGAAUUGCUUUGGUUCUCAAGUCCCUGAGCAAGAAUGGCUGCUAUCUGAUUUCAAUCACACUUCAGUAAGAAUUAUGCCAGGUGAAGAGUAAGUCAUCCCACCAGAAAUAAAGCUUGUACCUGAAAGCCCUUUCCACGGAAGAUGACCCCUGGACCAGUGUGCUCGCCACUAUUAAAUGCUCUACAAAAGUAUAUCAAAAUUGUGUACCUAAACUAGAUUGCUCACUUUUAUGACUUCGCCAAAGGGAGGGAGCAGAUAGAGGGCCUUCUCAGCCCUUAAGAGUUCUGACUGCCCCUGCAGAGGACCUGAGUUCAGUUUCCAACACACACACACACACACACACACACACACACACACACACACACACACGUCCUUGAGCAGAGCUGCCUGUCAGUCCAGGUCCAGGUGAGCUGGCGCCCUCAUCUGCACUCCAUGGAUGCUGCAUGAAAGUGGGACCAUAUACCUACAAAUAAUUAGUAAAUACAUCUUAAUAAAGGUAGAGAAUUAAUUCUCAAAAGGAAGAUGUUCAGGUAGUGCCAAUCUUCAGUUUAAAUUUCUGUGUUUGAAAAAUAUCAACUUUGUUGAAUUUUUGCUGGCAAAUCCUUGUCAGGAGAUAUCUAAUGAAAAAAAUAGUCACCAGUGCACUGAGAGCAUUCACCUUAUGAGCUUGCACAUGCCAAUCUGGGUGCCCUGUGGCAGAGUCUGAUCACCUUGACCCAGUUACAUAUGAUCAUGAGUAGUAGACUUCUCUUCUCUGUGCACAUGGAUGAGCUUUCUGAGUCCCUGAAGCUAGGGAGAGAUCAGAUACCCCACAGUUCCUCUGCUUUCUUUGAAACCACGGACUUCUGAAGUUCAGAGUGUGUACCACUAACUGUGAGACCACAGGGUUUAUUCUCAGCCCUAUACAGUUCCUGUUUUGUUAAGUGGGAGGGUCUCAAAUUUGUAGACAUCCCUCACACUCCCAGGCACACACACACAUGUGCAUGUACACAAACACAAGAAUAUGAAUAGUAUCUGCCUUACUCUCGGCUUUAAUGUGCCAUUUGACAUUUUCACGUACCUCCCAGAGAUGAAUGAUUGACGCGUGCACAUGAAUGGAACCAUUCUUCGUACUUUCUAACCUCAUUGCAACAAGGAAGGAACGCGCUUCUGCUUCCUUGUUUGGGUUUUCUCUCUGUUGCUGACAUUUGUAGUCUCUUUUCCUUUAACACAGAGGAACAGGCAUAUUGAAGUGAGUUAUAAUGUUGUGAGUACUUGAGUAACAGCCAAAGCCCUUGACUCUCACUUGUUAGGCCACAAGAGAGGAAUUACUUUUUAUGGUUGCUCAUCUGACCAAGACUUUCAGUCUCACUGAUGUGUUCAAAACCUUCCUGGUUUCGCUUUUCAGUUAAAACUGUUGGGAUUAAACCACUAAGGCAGAGUUGUCCAGGAGUAAUGGUAUAAUAUCCAAAUAUAGUUCGUGCUUCUUCUAGCUUCCGUGUAACUAGAUUUCCUCCAGGUUCCUGUCACUUUCAGAUGUGUGUUUCAUGCCAUUAACAGUAAACGCCAAGUGAUGGAACUAAAUCCAAAGCAGAGAAAACUGUGUUCACAGAAUUCUGGAUUUCUCUAUACAGUAAUAGAAAGAAAAAAUGGAAUAGAGAAAAAAUGUAACUGAAAUAAAAGCUAAGAGAAAAUAGUGAUUUUUUUUCCACUGCAAAGGACCUACUGGGAAGGGUCUUAGCCUCAGGAGGCAGCUCAGCAGACAGGAAACAAGGAGUUGUUGUCUUACAAUGCAGUUGCAAGAACAGAAUGGCUUCAAGAUAACAGAAAGGAAGUGUGUUGCCUUGUCAUCUUUAGGGUUAGGAUGAAAAGAUGAUGUACCAUGAAAAUGGAUAUCGAGGCUGUUGCAGGGAAGACUCUAAGCUGGUACCUGUAUUCUCAUGUGGAUCUUGGCAGUCUUGAAGACCCCAGGUUCCUGCCCUCUCCAGGAAGUACCCUCCUGGGUGCCUGAAUUUGAUGAAGUAAACACCUACACAUCACUCUGUCACCUCUCUUUACAGUUAUAUUCUCAAGGUGAGUUCUAAUUUAGCUCUUCUGUCAAGAUGGUGCAGCAAUGGUGGUUAAUGUCACUCUGAUGUUGACUGCUGGACAUGGUCACCAUACACUGCACAUUAGCAAGAGUUAGUCUUAGCUUCCGGUCCCCACAAUGAUUCCCAAAAGAGGCAACAGCAACUUAGAUUUAUUAUCCUUCGUGUUUUAGUUCAAUCUCUCUCUCACCCUCCCUCUGUCCCUCUCUCCUUCCUUGUGCUAUUUAUGUCUAUGGAAAACAGGAAAUGAUUUGGUAAUGUUGGGGAGUGGCAGAAGGUGCCUUAACUUUUCCUGGCUUGGCUCUCCUCUUACAUACUCCAUGUGUCUGUUGCUUUGCAGAUGUUUCUAUGUCUGUCCAACCUGUACCUUUAUCGUCAGCAAGGACCCUUUUAAAUGUAGCAAAUGGGACUGUUUUAUAGAAAUUCCUGAUAGUGCAUAGGCCUUGGAGAAGUCUGAUAAUGGUGUGUACAUAUCCUUUGCUCAGUUGUGGAACAUUUUCUAAAGUCUUUUAGGUGAUACCUACAGAAAAUUCCUAGAGUUAAGAAUGUUUUUCCAGAAAGCUCCAGCAUUCGUGGAAGCAAUGAUCCAACCUAUUGCUGUCUUCCAUUCUGUCUUCAAUAUGACAGUCUUCUCUCUCCAGUUAGGGUGACUGCUGGUGCACCAGAGAGAUACUACCUAUGAGAAGGGGAGAGGAAGGACAUACAGCACACUAUUCUAAAGCCUGCUUCAUCUUAAAAGAUUCUGUAUUAUUAGAUUUAUAGUUAUCACGCAGCAUAGUUUGAUCUGCAAAAUAUUGGGGAAAAAUUUUUACCUUUAGCCUCUAUCAUUGCUCAUUCUAGACUAUUCCACAUGUAUGCAAGUGGUUUUAUCAGUGUAUAUUUUCAGAGGUUGGGUAAGAGUAAAAAUAAGAAAUUUUAAAUAUUCUUUCUCACCUACUGCCUAUUGGUCCACGAUAAUUCUGGGAAAGACUUUUAGAUCAGACUAUAAAAUUGAAGUUACCUUUGAAGUGUUUACAGAGUGCCUUCCUCCUAUUAAAGCCACCUUUGAUAGACAGGAAGUGUGGGAACCCAAUGCUCUUCACUGAUAGACAGGAAGUGUGGGAACCCAAUGCUCUUCACUGAUAGACAGGAAGUGUGGGAACCCAAUGCUCUUCACUGAUAGACAGGAAGUGUGGGAACCCAAUGCUCUUCACUGAUAGACAGGAAGUGUGGGAACCCAAUGCUCUUCACUGAUAGACAGGAAGUGUGGGAACCCAAUGCUCUUCACUGAUAGACAGGAAGUGUGGGACCCCAAUGCUCUUCACUGAUAGAAAGGAAGUGUGGGAACCCAAUGCUCUUCACUGAUAGAAAGGAAGUGUGGGAACCCAAUGCUCUUCAUUUCUCUUCUUUUUAAGAAUUUUAUAUAAAAAUGUAGCAGGUCAGAAAAGCAGUUUAACCGGUACUUUUUAUGGCGUGACUUGAAAACAGUGGUGCCUAUCUGGUGGCUGAGAUGAGUGGAGAUGUCCCGAGCAGGGUCACUGGGAAAAUACCUUUUCUGUGGUGUGUUCAUGAACCGUGCUGGCAGUGAGAAGGCGAACCAAGUCUCAGUUUCUCUACCUCCCUUCCUUGGAGAAGAUUUGGAAAUGUACCCUGUGAAUAAAAUGGGUUUUUUUCUCAAUGCAGUUUGUGGAGUCCUCUUAUUCCUGUGAAGUGUGCUCACUAUUUCCUUCUCACUUCUCUAUGUGGUUUCUAUCAACCUUGACUACCCGGCUCGACUCUUCCCAAACAGGCUGAUGAGGCGGCUCAGUGGGUCAGGGAGCCUGCUGCCACCCCUGACGACCUGAGCCUGAUCACGGGGGUCUGCAUGAU